AUGGACGAAUUGACUUUUCAAAAAUCCUCCCUCCCUCCUGUAUUUUUGGAAAUUAAAGAUAUUUUCUCAAAGAAGAAAAUCCCUAACUACCUUAACCGAACCCUCAUUGCCCUUAUUCCAAAAAUUCAGGGUCCUGAAACUUUGGGGAACUAUAGGCCUAUUAGUCUCUGUAACACUGUGUAUACAAUUGUUACGAAGAUCAUUGUAGGCCGACUGAGAAUUCAUCUAGAAAAGCUUAUCUCUCCCCUACAAACUGCUUUUGUUCCGGGUCGGAAAGGUGUUGAUAAUGCAAUUAUAGUCCAAGAGCUUAUUCACUCAAUUAGCAAAUCCAAAGGGAAGGAAGGUCAACUCAUUGAGGAGAAAGUUAGUAAGAAGUUAUGGAACCCAAUCAAAGCUUCUAGAAAUGGCCCAAGUUUUUCCCACCUUUUCUUUGCUGAUGAUCUAGUUCUCUUUGCCAAAGCAAACCAAGCAAACUGUAUGACCAUCCGAGAGGUCAUGGACUCGUUUUGCAGUAAAUCUGGGCAAUCGGUGAGUGAGUCAAAAUUGAGGGUGUAUUUCUCUCCAAAUAUUGAUAUGGAUAGCAGGGAGGAUAUGUGCAAUACUCUAGGAUCCAGAUCUACCCCUUCUAUUGGGAAGUACUUGGGAAUCCCUAUAAAGCAUCCUGGUCCAUCAAAUCAAGAUUUUAACUUCGUGCUGGAUAGAGUUAAACAGAAGCUUGCGGGUUGGAAGGCAAACUUAUUAUCUAUGGCAGGUAGAACGACUCUCAUUCAGGCCUCUUUGUCGACCAUCCCCACUUACACUAUGCAGUGCGCCUACCUCCCUAGUAAAGUGCUUAAGAAUAUUGAUAAGAUUAACAGAAAUUUUCUAUGGGGAUCGACGGAGACCACUAGAAAGAUGCAUUGGGUAGGAUGGCAAAAAGUGACUAAGCCAAAAAAGGAGGGUGGUUUGGGUAUUCAAACAGCACGGGGGAGAAAUAUUUCGUGGCUAGCCAAGCUUAAUUGGCGAUUCCACACAAAAAGGAGUCAUUGUGGGCUAAAGUUUUAA